AUGAAUAUGUUACAUAUAAGAUUUUCCAUGAAGAACGGUCUCUUUAUUUUCUCUCAUAUUUUCUGUCUUUUAUUUUCUCUUCUCUUUCUCUCUCAAUGGUUUUAAUGCUCAUAUACAUUCCCCAUGUAUCGAGAAUUGUAAUGAAAAUUUUACCCUGGAAACUGAUUUUAUAUUCUCAGUAUUUAUUCAUGUUUUCCUUUCUCUUAUUCUCUCACUUUCUUUAAACUCUCUAUUCCAACUUUCUCUCUUCUUUUCUGUUGCACUUUUUCACAAAAAGAAAAGUAGUAACUCUUAAUUCCAAUGACAAUUUCUGUGGAUUCAAUUCUGGCCAUUCUAUCGCUUUUCUCUAUCAUCUUGUGUAUUUAUUAACUCAUAUUGUGUUUGAGUUUCUCUGACUGUAUAUAAAUCUGUUGUUGGACAUUGUUAUUCAUCUUUAACUUUAACGUCAUUGGACAUUAGUGAAUACCUUAUUUUUUCUAUUGGAAUUCUAUCUACUUAACCAUAACAAUUAUUGCUGAUUUUUUGCCUCCUUCAUUUGGUAUCCUUCCUCUUCUGUAUGUUUCAAGGAAACAUUUACCAAACCAGAAACUGUUGGAGUGUUUUUACAUUUUGUUUCUCUUGAUUUAUAUAAAUUUCAUUGAUUAGUUUAAGGUAUGGCUGAUGGAGAACAUAUUGUGGAAGUACAAGAGGUUGAAAUAGAAGCUGUAGUACCGACUAAAGAUGAAGACCUUGACGAUGAUUUUGACGCAGAGAAUAGGUUAGAUCAUGGAGAACCAUUGGUUAGCCUGGGUACUGAUGAUGAUAAUUUAAAUGAUCACCUAAAUGAUGAUUGGUCAAAUCAGGAUGAUGAUGAAAGUGACAAUGUUUCCGUGUUUCCAUCUUCAGCACCCGAUCUAAUGCUGGAAACAGGCAGAGAUUUAUCCAAAAAACGAAAACAAUCCCCUUCACCUUCAAGUAAAGAUGCCUCGGACUGGUUUAUGUCCAAUAGCAAUUGUGAUUUAAUUGCUAACAAUUCAAGUCUAACACAUAGUGAUAGUCUUUUCCAUAAUUCCAAUUUUGUUACCAACAACACUGGAACAAGUAACAAUAGCAGUGGAUCUUACAAUCGAGCACAUAACAACAAUCUUAUGAUACAUAAUAAAAAAUCUUUCAAAAGAAACCUGGUUGGAACCACUUUACUCCAACAACCAACCCACCUUGAAAGUAAAAUGGUCAAUAGUUCUAAUCUACUUGAACGUCGAACACCAACCAGAUGGAAAGAGAAAUCGGUUCAAAUAAAAACUUUAGGCGGUGGACAUUUUAGUUUUAUGACCUGGGUGUCUGCUAAUGAUGAUGAAGAAAUAGUGACCGCUGCUUCCCUUGAUGAUGAUAAUUUAACCUCCUCCUCUUCCCAACAAUCUCAACCUCAAUUGGACAUUAGUGAAUACAUGACAGGUAUUAAGAAAAUACCUAAGGAAGGUCUACCAGGAGUUGAUUUAUCCGAUCCCAAACAAUUAGCUGAAUUUGCAAAAAUGAAACCUCGUAAACCCUCAUCAGAUGAUGAUACCCGAACCAUUGGUUGUCCACAUAAAGGCUGUUCCAAAAUGUUUCGAGACAAUAGUGCGAUGAGAAAACACCUUCAUACCCAUGGACCUAGAGUACAUGUUUGUGCCGAAUGUGGUAAAGCAUUUGUCGAAUCAUCUAAACUUAAAAGACAUCAGCUGGUUCAUACCGGAGAAAAACCUUUCCAAUGUACUUUUGAAGGAUGUGGGAAAAGAUUCUCCCUCGAUUUUAACCUUAGAACCCAUGUAAGAAUACACACUGGUGAUAGGCCUUAUGUUUGCCCUUUUGAUGGUUGUUCUAAAAAGUUUGCCCAAUCAACUAACCUUAAAUCACACAUUUUAACACACGCCAAGGCUAAAGCUAAUCAACAACAAAGAAUCACAACAAUGGAAAUACCAAUAUCAUCUCCAACCUCUUCAGUAUCAACAUCAAUGACACCCGAUGUUGGAACUGAAUGUUUUGUUAUUGCAGCACCAAAUUUACUAAAUUAAAUCCAUCAUCACCCUCUUCUCAUCUUCCCUUUAAAUAAUUGAAACUUUUUCUCUCUCUCUCUCACUCUCUUCUUUUUCUUGUAGAGUGUUUUUCAUUUUUCUCUCUCUCUCUCACUCUCUCGGUGAAAGAAAAAGAUUCUAUCAUCUUUAAUUGUCAUCAUCUUUUUCCUCUUGCCUUGUCUCUGUCUCUAUCUAACUCUCUGUCUCUCUGUCUCUCAAACACAAAAAGACAAUUCCUAAACCUCUUCGCCAUUCAUCAUCAUCAUCUUCAUCUUCAUUCUCUUUCAUCAUCUUCAUCUCUUCUUUACCUCUGUUCCUUUGAAUGAUAAAUUGUCAGGGCAACAAAAUAUUUUCACCUCGCAUCCAUUGACGCCACAAACAACUUGAAUCCCUUUUCACUUAAAAAGAUAACAACAACAACAAACAAACAAUUAAAUUCAAUAACAUUGAUUCAAAAGGAAAGAGAAAUAUUGUUAAAUAAAAUAAAUAUAAAGCUCAUGAGUUUUUUUUUCAAAUCGUAA